AAGACCAGAGACGCCGGCUCGCGCGCACAAGACGCUGUUUACUGUCGCUGACCAAACACGUUGCGGACAUUUUUAUUUUUUGAUGGAUUUAUAAAUGCACACUUCGAAUAAAAGGAACCUUUAAGGAUUUGUGAUUUCGCCAGCCAGAGUGGACAUCUCCGCUUUGGAGUUGUAAACUUGUUUCCCCCAAACGCAGAACUGGAUUGCCAUCUUAAUGCAACUUUUUUGGAAAGACACGAAAGGCAUCUUGACUGACUCUUCAAGUAAAUCGUGUUACGGUGACGUGCCAUUUUCGCCGGGAGCGAGUGCUUUCUCGGUUCAACUCGGCUCUGCCGGGGAGAUGUUCCAGGGGUUCCCCGGUGACCCGGACAGCGGCUCCCGUGGAAGUUCCUCUCCGUCGGUCGAAUCCCAGUACCUGUCUUCGGUGGACUCCUUCGGGAGCCCCUCCACCACCACUGCACCACAAGAGUGUGUAUCUGCCGCUGGAGGUGUAGGGGUUGGUGGUGGUUCAGCUGGCAGCGCUCCAGGGGUGGACAUGCCUGGCUCCUUUGUUCCUACAGUGACUGCCAUCACCACAAGUCAGGACCUGCAGUGGAUGGUGCAACCCACUCUCAUCUCCUCUGUGGCACCAGGGCAGAGUGGCACAGGUACUACAACAAUGACCCAGUCGGUGGCCCUGGACCCAUACGACAUGCCAGGGACGAGCUUCUCCUCCGGCUCGGGCUUCACCCCUCCCAGCUCAGACACCCCAGGUCCCUUGCGCCAGUCACGAAGCCGCCGGCGCACACGUGAUGAAACGCUGACCCCAGAGGAGGAAGAGAAGAGGCGUGUCAGGAGGGAGAGAAACAAACUGGCUGCCGCUAAGUGUCGCAAUCGACGGCGUGAGCUUACAGACAGGCUACAGUCGGAAACUGACAUAUUGGAGGAGGAGAAGGCAGAGCUGGAGGCUGAGAUCUCAGAGCUGCAGAAGGAGAAGGAACGCCUGGAGUUUGUCCUCAUCACCCAUCAGCCGAGCUGCAAGAUCCCUUACCAGGAGGAGCAGCAGCAGACGCCGGCGCCUCCUCCGCCACCAUCCUCCUCUGUGGCAGUGGUGGGUUUGACUGUGAAGGAGGACUCGUUCUACCUGCCUCCACCUUACUCGUCCCACCACCACCACCACCACCACCAGCAGCACCACCACCAGCAGCAGCAGCAGUCGGCGCAGCAGCAGCAGCAAGGGAUGAUGCAGGAGGUAGCCUUUUCUAGUUCUUUCUAUGGGCCGAGCCAGCCGGCGGCGGGUGGCCCGUGCCUUGUCGCCGACGGCGGCGGUAACCCUGACGCUGGCAGCCACAACCCCUCAUACACAUCUUCAUUUGUGUUCACCUACCCAGAGGGAGCCUGCGGCGCCAGCGCUAACCAGCGAACCAGCAGCAGCGAGCAGUCCUCUGACUCCAUGAACUCGCCCUCACUUCUCGCGCUCUGAAUGCCCUGACCUCUUGCUUACUGUCAUUGCCCUUUCUCACACCUACACACAAACACACACACACACACACACACACACACAAUCAUUCACUUUAUCAAGUAGAUGUACUCAGCCUCUCAUAUUUUUGGAGAUAUUACAUAUUCACAUCUUAGAUUUAUAUUUAUUGCAAAAAGUAAAAAGUUCUCACAGCCUCUUUGCUCCAGCUAAAUGGUUUUUGCACUGGUGCUUUAGUUGCUUAACUCAAGCCUAAAUCACUAUCAGAAAAAGUAUUAAUUUGUAAUAAAUUUAGACAACCCCCCAUACACACUCUUACAUUGAAAUGAUAAUGCACUUAGUUAUAUUUAAUCCUCCUUCUGCUUGGUCUCUCUCUCUGUUUCUCUGUCUCUCUCUCUCUCUCUCUCUCUCUCUCGCUCACGUUGCUCAUGCUUACUGCUGGUGUUCAAGCUCUUUCCAUGCCGAUUCUCUGCACAGUGUAUUUCUCGAAAAAGGGGACACCUUCUGUGGCUUCAAUAUUUUAGUUUUCUCAUAGGCCAAACUGUAAUCCACUCACUUCUGCGCUCCUCAUCCAUCAUCUAAUCGUUCCUUUCCUUCUCUGUCAUUGUGCCGGAACUUUUAAAUAAUAAGGGGCGUUAUUUUCCGUCUACAUUCAAUCAAUCGAUCGAUCAAUCAAAUCACUAUCUAUCUCUUUUUCUUGUCUCCUGCAUCGUCCAUCUGCCCAUCUGUUUCUCCUCUCUUCUGUCUCUAUGUGCCUCUGGUACUCUGUGAAGCCUUCAGCCCCCGAGAGCCCAUUGGACCCUGAAAGCCCUUGGAACCUUGAAUGAUGGCCGGGCCACCCCAGCACCACAGACAACCCCCUUUUCCCUUCCAGCAUGGAACGACUGCCACACUUCACAGAGGAAACGCAGGAUUACAAAAAUAAGCCAACAACAACGACAGCUAAACGUAAACAGGGGAGCAAAUGACAUUUCAGAGCAGGCAUUGUGUUCCGUUUUUCUUCUUUGACCCCGAGGAGAUGUGGGAUUUAGAAAACCAAAUGAACCUGACUAGCACAGAAAAGGACUCGAAGGUCCAGCGCUGAUGGAGAGCUAGAUAUCCUCUCAUGUCCUGGACAUCUCUGAGAAGAGGAAAGCAAAAAAAAAAAAAGCCACAUGAAAAACAAAGCGCUCAUCUUCUGUUCUGGCAAACACCAUCUCCUCCCCGUUAUUUGUCCACAUAUUUUUCAGAUCGUUUUUUUUUGUACAAUCCUAUGCCAACUCCCUUUAUUGAAGACUGUUUUCAGUGGCUUUCCAUCUGUUUCCGCAAUAGUAUUAGCUUCAACCUGGAAAAAAAAAAAAAGAUUGUGGCUUAAAUGAACCUUACAUGCAAAAACUGCUCUUAUUGUGAGUGGCACAGGUUUUUCAGUCAGUGCUUGUUACAGAUUGUUUAAAAAAUAGAAAACGUUUGAAAAAAAUUUUGACCAACCUUGUUCCAAUUGAACCAUGCGACAGAUCAGCAGGCAGCUGCAGGCUUUUAUUGUGAAAAGGCAUCACUGAAGCUGCUUCUCCAGUUUAUUUCUUUCUUUAUAGAGGUUGACGUGGUGAGAAAGCACAACCGUGGGCCAAGCCAGAUUGAGAAAGAAAAACAGGAGUUGAUUAUGAAUAUGAAAACUAUUUUCCUGUGAAUUUGUUAAAUAUCGUUUUGGAUAUAUAUAUAAAUAUAUAUAUAAAUAUAUUUUUAUUUAGGUUUUUUUUUUUUAAGGAUUUUCUUUUUUCGUUCAGCUUUUUCUCUCGCUUUUGUCGUUGCUGCCAAAUGGAGGAACCUUCUGGAGCUUUGAACGGCUCCUUUUACUCUGUUACUGUUGUCUUAUUGUAAUAAGUAUUGUUAUUAUUAUUUCAUUGUUAUCUUACAUUUGGCAACUAAAAAAGACAAAUGUUGUGCACUAUGAACCUUUUUUAUGUCCUAUAAAGUAACCUAAAAUGCUCUUUACUAUGUAUGCAUAUAUAUAUAUAUAUAUAUAUAUAUAUAUAUAUAUAUAUAUAUAUAUAUAUAUAUAUAUAUAUAUAUAAUAUAUAUAUAUACAUAGUACGUAUAUAUAUGUACAAUGAUUGUAAUGUGCAGAAAUGUAAAAUGGUUAUUUUUGUUAAUGAAGAAAAAAAAUAUCGAGGGUGAGCUUGGUGUGGCUGGUUUUGGUUUUAAACAUAGAUAUUUUUCUAAAAGAACAAAAAAGUAUAUUACGAUAUACAAUAAUAGCCCGCCUUUCCUUCAAUAUGAGAAGCAUUGUCACUGCCUUUGCUCUAUUGCUGUGUAUUUAUAUGUUCUAUAUAUAAAAACACAUGAUCUGUAUGAUGAGUGUAUUCUGUGGUGCAUAUAUAUGUAUCAUGGGUUUUUAUAGAGGUGAUGCUGUGCUUUUCUCUUCUUUUUUUUUGUUUUUUUUUGUUUUCUUUCUCUCGCUUUAUGUCAGUGUGAGGUUGAUCCCUACGGUCCUCGCUCAGCAAAACAACCCCUGUGGACAAAACACACUGGAUGCUAACUAACAAACAUUAACAAAACGAACCGGGAAACCCCCCCCCCAAAACAAUAAAAUCAAGUGAAGAUAAUAAGUGUCUCCAUGUAAAGUCUCCAUGUACUCGGGCGGAAAUUCCUAUUGGAAUGUUGUGGUCAAGCAAUAUGAAGAAAUAUUCAAGUAAUAUUUCUGGGUUGAUUUCAACACUCCAGUGUGUACUGUCCCACGUGAAGUUGCAAACACAUGCACACAUGAAUAAGCUUUUCUUUUUUUUGUUCUUUUUCCUCAAAUGUGCAAGAUUUUUGACAGGAAAUCCAUUCCUGUUCAACAGAUAGAACAGAAGAGCAGGGAUGAUUUUGCACGCUCAGAAACCAUAGUUUACAAAGCAGCUGUUAAAUGUUCUCAUUAUUUUCUCAAGUGGUAUUUCAUGGGACGAAGCUCAGAAAACAUACAAAAAAUGUGAGGCUCCUUUUGUUCAAAAUCAGUACGGCACCAUGAACGCUCGACGAUCCUGAGAUGCUCUUAAACCAGAUGUUUGGGCUUUGAAUAAAAGAAUAAGGAUUUUGUAAAGCAUGGAAGCACUUUCUAAUAUAGAAAGGAACAUUUUUAGGAUCUUAUCCAGCACAGAUUUAGAGUUUGUUGUGUAAUGACAAUGAGUAAUGCUGCACAAAAUGUCAAACACAGGCACGGUGCGUGAAAGUAACAAGCUAGAAGUGGAACAUUUGCUCCGGAAAUACAGAUCGCCAUCUCUGUGAUGUCUCACGAUGUAGAGGCGUCGCGUUAUUGCAUGCAGAACCUUUCGAAUCUGCCGGCAUUGGUGCUUAUAGUAUGCUGUUGGUGCUUUUGUCAUUCUUAAGCCAAAAUCUAGUGUUACUGUAUCCUUUACUGUAUAUGACAUGACACUAAUAUCGGAAGCAGAGCAUGGCGGAGAUUCUGCUUUACAGAGAUAUUCAGUUCAAUUCAGAAACCAACAUUGCUGCAGUGAUUGUCUGGUGUUUGUUUUGUUUUUAUUUUAAAUGCAUUUUAAAUGCAAUAUAGAUGAAUGGAUUACCUGGGGCAACACUGGCAUGUAGCAUAAUAGCUAACCUGCAAAAAUGGCUUUUUCUUAAUGUUUAAUAGUGUCAUAAUGUUGGUGAAUUUAAGGCUUUGCCUUAGUGGAUAUGUUCUUGUUGAUGAUGCUUUGUGUCUGCCUUUGUGGAAUCAACAAGGGCCUUCUUUAAUAAUGUUUUAAAAUUCGAACGUACAAAAAGUGACCACUUGUUAAGACGGAAAAUGCAUAAACGUUUUGUGGGACAUUUUGUGGACUUUUUAAAAUUUUUUCUUUCUUUUUUUUUUUGGAAGCAGUGCCUCUAUUAUUCACAUCAACGAAGCACUUCGGAUGAAUUUGAACCAGCCCCUUGUCAAUAUUUGUGUGUCUGUGUGUAUUUUGGUGUAUGAGAAAUGACAAUGUAUAAAAUGUGUGUGUGUGUUUGGGAUGUAAUUUGGACUGAACUGGCUGGAAUGUUGUAGGUUAGUUCUGUAGUACAGAACGCUAUGACCACCAUGUUCCUGGCCUUUCAGCCGUUCUUAUGCUCUCAUAGUGUAUCUUUUUCAAUCUCAAUGGCUCUUUGGGGGUUAUAUCAGCAUACUCCUUAUAUUUAUCUUUCUCAAUUUCUAUCUCACUCUCUUAUUAGCCCUUUACACAAAUUGAGAAGGACUUUUUACUUUGUUGUAAACAGGCUGUGAACCCUGAGUGUGCUAACCUAUCUGGAUCUCUUCGCGUGACCAUCAUUUCUUGUUUAUUUAUUUUAUUUUUUUUCAUUUGUUGUUGUUUUGUUUUUGUUUUUUUUGUUUUUUUGUUUGUUUUUUUAAAGUGGCAUUAAAAUAAAAGGAAGCAUAUUGAGUAGUUUUC